GUUGAACGAGUCCCUAUCACGUGAUAUAGUGAUGAGUAGUGUUCAUUGUGACGGCAUGGAGUCCUAUCUAAUAGACUGCCCUGCAUCCUAUGUGGAUAAUACAAACUGCCAAUCAAUGGCUUAUGUGGAGUGUACUACAGAGUCUGAUGAGCUUGCAAUGCAGGAGGAUAUUAUUAUUCGACUCUCUGAUGGUGGAUCUCCUCGAGAGGGUCGAGUUGAGGUAUUCAUCUUUGGACGAUGGGGUUCAUUAUGUGAUGAUUUCUGGACUGAUGAAGAUGCAGCCGUUGUCUGUAGACAUCUUGGACAUACAGAUGGGAUACAUAGAGCUGUUUGGGGAGGAUCGUACGGUUCUUCGUCUGCUGGGAUGGUACCCGGUCAUCCUAUUUGUGGAGGGUGGGAGUCGACGCUAGAUGAAUGUUAUAUUCAAACCUCCUUCCAGCAAUGCUACAACUCUGAUGUUGGUGUCAACUGUGAUUCAGGGAGGGUGUUCACAAUCAUCAUCCUCGUGGUGGGGGUUGUUGCAGUAUUACUAGCUAUUCUCAUCAUAUCAUGUCUUUGCUACUGUUGUAUCUGCAAAAAGACGGUAGUACCUCCUGUAACAUCUGGAGCGGCGGUGGUACCCGGUGUUGCUAUGUCAGAGAAUGCUCCACUUCCCCUCCCUCCGGUGAUGGCAGACAUGGUUCCUAUACCAAACCUAGAGUAUGGUACAUUACCAUCCAUGGACGAUCUUACAUUACCCCGGCAUAUAGUCCACGUCAUGGGCAGAAGUAUGCUUGUAGAGCUAUGGGAGACAGUGUACGCCAAAGAGUCUGUCAUACAUAUGCAAUCUGGUCAUGCAUUUCCCCCUUCCCUUCGUGCUCACAUUCUUACUGCAGCUGCCCUCAUUGGCGUGUUGAUGGGUAAACCUGGCGUCUUAGACAGCAUAGAUAAGGACCACUUAGCAAAUCUGUACGGUGCACUCCUCAACCAGGACAAGAAGGUGACUGCUGUACCUGAGAAGAGUGUGUCAAACGGUUAA